GCUUGUGGAUUGUGUGAAGAUGAGCGUUUCAGCAGGACAGGGGUUUCUAUCAGCUGUGAUGCUGGUAUGUGUCGAAACUACUUCCAUGUCACAUGUGCUCAAAGAGAAGGCUUGUUAUCUGAAGCUUCCACUGAAGAGAGUAUUGCUGACCCAUUCUUUGCUUACUGUAAGCUGCAUGGAGAUAAGAAUAUUGCCCGUAGUAAACGGUGUAAUUGGCUAGCUUUACAAUCGCAAGCAAAGGAUAAAAGACAUGAAGAUAAACCACCUUCAGAUGAAAAGGCUAGAGUAGAAAGGAAACUUGCCUGGCACAGGGAGAAGUACCUAGCAACAAAAGCUAAAAAGCCACCUGCAUGGGUUCCAACUCAAAAGAUGCCAAGACUUCUAACAACUAGUCCUGCAGCAUGUAAAAAAUUGCUAAAGAAGGCAGAGAUGCUUGGAAUGUCCCCACAAACUUAUUUGACAAAUUCAGACACUAUGGUCAAUAUUCGAAAGAAGUGGCAUAUCCAGCCAGCUUUCAGUGUAGAGUUCAUAAGUUACUAUUUAGAUCGCAAUAAUCGCAUGGUUUCAAUGCAGCGUCAUUUAGAUGAACUUCUUCAGCAAAACAGUAAACUCCAAGAGGAGGAACAGAAUGUGAGACAAAAAUAUGAACAGGUAUUUAUUAUAAAUGUAUAUAAGUACUAG